AACGCAGUAACUGCAGCCAAGGGCAGGUUGAAACCAAGCUAAAAAGCACUAAGUUCAGUUACUGCCAUUUACCUUGGUUUCACAGUAACCUUUUGCAGUUACUGCUAAUACGGCCCCCAUUUUCUCCAAAACACAAUACAAUAGAGGCAGGAAACGUGUCCACUGACUCGCCAGACAUGACCCUAUGUGAACCAAGGUCCUCUACUCCACCAAUUAAUUCACACAUAAAACGGUCAACCGAAUCGUUUCUAGUCAUCUCUCCUCCUUCCAGGCUUUUUCUUCUCUUGAUUUUAUAUUGCGAUUGGCAACUUUCAUAAAUUAGGUGCGUUACCGCCACUGACCUCGUUCGUUUUUCAGUCACCCACUUGGGUAUAACCAAUGAGGAGAUGGCACGUGGGUACCUGCUUCUAUAAACCAAUGAGGAGAUGGGAGAGGCAGGACUUGCAGUGCGAUCUGCAUCAGAAAUAGAACUGACUUCUAUUUUAGCCCUUUGCUAUGCAGACGCUCGUUGGCGCGCCCAAGCAGUGUGGGUGCAAUAAUUGAAUAAUAUAGAUUUCUAAAUUCAUUUGGUGUAGUCAGCCUGUUAGUCGUGAUAAUGCUUUAAAUCCAUCACUGCAAAUAACUUGACAGUUUCGAAAUCGAAUACAUGUGGAUCACAUUUUAGGGUUGAGGUAUGAUUCUGUGGAAGGCUUGGCAACAGACUGCACCUGUUGCAGCAAGCCCAGGCACAACUGGAGCUGCGCUUUAUGGAGCGGGCACACCAUAAAUAAGCCUGUAGACUAUAUCAAUAGGUUAAGGCUACAAUAUCCUUUCAUAGUGUUUAUAUCAGUACAACAACAUAGGUCUAUCAGAUAGCGGACGUUUGGGGGGCAUAGGGCCUACCUUUUCUGGAGACACAGGAUAAUCAAGUUUCCGUUAUGACAUCACUUGUUUACAAUAUUAGUCAAUAUGCCUACUAUGUCAAAAAGUGCGGGCAAAGAAGAAGAAAAUGUGAGUAGGCCUAGGAUAAUGCUUUGUUCGUUCUUCAUAUUAAUAUCGCUUCACAUUUGUAUAAUUCUAAAGAUGGAUGAUGAAAGUCUAUGAGAUGAAUAUGUAGCCUACAGAAUCAGUCAUCAUGUAGGCCUACGGCUAGUUGACUACUUUAAGAAUAGUUUAACAAUGUAAAUGGAUCAAACACAAUUGUUUUAGAUAUGAGCUUGAUUCAACAUUUUUCAUGCAAAGUGAAUUGGCAAAAGGGGGAAUUAUUGCAAACCAAGUGACAGGGAUGGGGUCUACUAUCAAAACCCCACGUCUAAAAAGUUUUGUCAUGAUUGUCUCUGUAUUUGUAGGGGUUACAGGAAGCCCCAGAGAGGACAUUCCCUGUAUUCUUCAGAGGAAAACUGGGGGAGAAGCUCCAUCAGGAGACCCCCGGGUUUGACCUGUUGGACCCCAACAUGAGAGUCAUGGAUGUUAGUUAUAACUGCCUCCACGACAAACACCUGAAGAGUUUUUUCCGCCAUCCGGAAAGGAAGAAGCGGCUGGUGAAGCAAGGCCUCAUCACCUCAAAUGAGAAGGUGCUGUGUACGUGUAAAGAGUACAAUCGCUACAGUAGCUACAUCAAGUCAGUUCAGUUGCUGUGGGAGAAGCAGUGCUGUGCCCAGCAGAAAAAUCUUUUGAAGCAGUUCCUAGUCUUGCAGCAGCAAGGGGAGGUUCCUUCCCACAUCUCACUGACGGAUAUCAGAGAGUGGCUCAUUGCCAAGGGUAGAAACUACUUCAAGAACACGUUUCAGAGUGAAAUGGAAAAGGGGAAGAACCUUCACUUGGCCGAACUGGCUUGGGAUGUGAAACGACGCCGCAGGCUUGAGGAAAUGGAAAGAGAAGUGUGCAGGGAGCUGCGCCUGGCGCGCCGAAUCCGCUGGUCGGUGAUUGGACAGCCUGGUAGCCAGAUGGGAGAUUGGAGACCCCUGGGCAUGGAGACACACACACCUCUGGUAAUGGACUCUCCCUUCAAACACUCCACCUCCUCGAUGGACACUCUUUCCAGUCAGAUCUCGACUAAGAACCUCGAGGUUGCUAGGCUACAUACUGCCAGACCACGUUAUGCCAGACCACCAACUGAAAGACCUAGCAGUGACUCUGAUCACUCUGGAACCUUGUCGACUGUGACGACCUGCUCACCACAUUCAGCUAGCCCGUCAGUGGUAGGUCAUUUUGGUCAUGAACAUGUUCCCAGCUUUCACUCUUUGGGGGCUGUAGACAUAUUACUGCUUCCCUGUCUCCCAUCUCCUGGGAAAUCCAUAUCCAAGUACAGUUGCAAGAAAAAGUAUGUGAACCCUUUGGAAUUACCUGGACUUCUGUGUAAAUUGGUCAUAAAAUGUUAUCUGAUCUUCAUCUAAGUCACAACAAUAGACAAACACAGUCUGCUUAAACUAAUAACACACAAAUAAUUUUACUUUUUCAUGUCUUUAUUGAACACACCGUGUAAACAUUCACAGUGCAGGGUGGAAAAAGUACACUCAGCAAAAAAAUAAACCUCCCUUUUUUAGGACCCUGUCUUUCAAAGAUAAUUCGUAUAAAUCCAAAUAACUUCACAGAUCUUCAUUGUAAAGGGUAUAAACACUGUUUCCCAUGCUUGUUCAAUGAACCAUAAACAAUGAAUGAACAUGCAUUUGUGGAACGGUCGUUAAGACACUAACAGCUUACAGACGAUAGGCAAUUAAGGUCACAGUUAUGAAAACUUAGGAAACUAAAGAGGCCUUUCUACUGACUCUGAAAAACACCAAAAGAAAAAUGUCCAGGGUCCCUGCUCAUUUGUGUGAACGUGCC